AUGGCUGGUCCCGUGCGGCAACCCAUCGACAUUCAGUCUUUAGAGAGGUAUAUUGACAACAAUGUGCCUUUGAUCAAGACACCGCUUGAUGUGAAGCAGUUCGGAUUCGGCCAGUCAAACCCGACAUAUCAGCUCACCGAUGCCCGCGGCACGAAGUACGUUAUGCGCAAAAAGCCCCCCGGCAAGCUGCUCUCCAAAACGGCGCAUCAAGUUGAGCGAGAAUAUCGGAUUUUGCAUGCGCUGCAACCGACUGAUGUCCCCGUGCCGAAAGUGUAUACGUUGUGCGAGGACAGCAAUGUGGUUGGCACUGCAUUUUACAUUAUGGAGUUUCUGGAUGGGAGGAUGAUCACCGAUCCUGCUAUUCCGGGUGUGAGUGCUGAGGAACGAAGAGAGAUAUGGCGCGACGCAGCUCGGACUCUCGGCAAGUUGCACCGUGUGGACCCCAAAUCAGUCGGGAUGGAAAAAUUCGGCAAACAUACGGGCUUCUACGAUCGUCAGAUUUCGACUCUUGGACGAGUAUCUCAAGCGCAGGCACAAGCCGUCGAUGUCGACACCAAAGAGCCCGUUGGAGAACUCCCGUACUUCCAGGAGAACGUGCGCUUCUUCUCAAACAAGAGCUCACAGCCACGAGAUCGGACGACGUUCGUUCAUGGUGAUUUUAAGAUAGACAAUCUCGUGUUUCACAAGACCGAACCGCGAGUCAUUGGUAUACUGGACUGGGAAAUGGCGACGAUUGGUCAUCCACUUUCAGAUAUCGCAAACCUGACCAGUCCAUAUUUUCUCGACUCGGCCGAGCACAAAGCCGAGCACUUUCAUCAGUCUCCCGGUAUGCCAGCUAGGCAACAGACUUUACAAUGGUAUGCUGAAGUGACGGGAUACGAUCCGACCCCAGACAUGGACUGGGGCGAUGCUUUCUUCGCCUUCCGUGGCUCCGUUAUUAUGCAGGGAAUUGCGGCGCGAUAUGCGUUGCGCCAGGCCAGUAGUGCUCGAGCACGGGAUUAUAUCAAGAAUAUGAAGCCGUUUGCUGAAGAGACUCACCGGCUAGUGAAAGCGGUCGAAGCAAAGACAACAAAAGGCCGCUUGUAG